UAUUUGUCAAUAUUAUAACAGGUCGGAAUAAUCGAUGAACAAAAUCUGACCUCACGGGAGAUUUCAUUGAACAGGUGUGUUCAGAUAAGUGCAAUUACCUGUAGUAUGUGUUAUUAAAGAGUAAUUCAGUGCGCAUGCAGUUCAAGGAUGUUAAAAUAUGUGAUUGUAUGAACUAGAUCAAAUAAUCAAGUAGUGCGGAACAAAUACCAUCUAGCUCAGUAGCUGUGUACUGAUCAUUGAAACGAAACAAUGACCGGAAGCGAUUGCGAAUAUGAUCCUGACGAGACACCUGGACAAUGGGCACCAGGUGCGGAUGAAGAAAAGGAAAAGAGAGGUGACAAACCACCAAAAGGCAAAAAGGAGAAAAAGCCAAAGAAAACGAAAAAAGACAGGGCAAAUCCAGACUUUGAUGACAUACCUGGAUAUGGUGGAAACGCUUUCCACGGAGAUUCGGAUGUCAAGCCGCCACAAGCCCCAACAGGUCCGACAGGAGAGCAACCUCCAAUGACGUUUUCUGACACAGCACAGUUGACUGAAGAUGACUGUAAGAAGGCUCUAGAGAAGUUUGUAGAUGACCAGCUGUGCUACGGAAGCAAGCCAGCGAAAGAAUGCAAGAUCCUCUCCACUAAAGGAGUCACUGCCUUACAUUAUAUACUAGAAACAUUCUCAGAAAACCGAUCAACAAAAAAGAAAAAGGUUCCAUAUAAAGGUGGACAUGUGGACGGUCCUGAAAAUGGUGAGGCGCCUAAGCCUUGGGAUAUACCUGUUUCGGCUAAAAAGGAAUUCAAGGAUGAUAAAAUUAAGAAGGAGGUCCCACAUACUGCAAAAGUCAAGAAAUGUAAGGAUUGUAAAGGCCGAGGGUGGGAGACAUGUGAUGAUUGUGACGGGUGGGGUAGAGUUGAAUGUGACAGUUGUGAUGGAAGUGGAAAUAGAACUGCUACCGAUGCUGAAGGAAACGAAUAUGAAGAAAACUGCCCGUUUUGCUUUGGAACUGGGCAACGAAUGUGCAUGGACUGCGGAGGUGACGGGCGUGUCACGUGCGAUGAUUGUGAAGGUUAUAGAAAGCUUAAAUGCUUUAUCCAGCUGAAAGUGAAAUUUAUAAACCAUGAUGACGACUACAUACUGGAGACCACCGACAUGCCCGACGAACUUGUAGCAACUGCUGGCGGAAAUAUUCUCUUCCAACAAGAACUACCAAUGGUAUGGCCAAUCAAUACUUACCCAGUGAAAGAGAUUAAUGAGCAAUCAGCUAAGAUGGUCAAUGCUCACAGAACCAAAUGGCCGAACGAACUGAUACACAAACAACGCCAAACACUUCGUGGUGUACCAGUCACUGAGGUAGAGUACAAAUGGGAAGACUUUAAAUCCCGUUACUGGGUGUACGGUUCGGAGAGGAAGGUCUAUGCACCGGAUUAUCCCCAACAAUGCUGCUGUGGCUGUUCUAUCAUAUAGAGAAAUUAUUGGAAACAGUAAACUUAAGAGCAGUUAAAAUCUUCUUUUUUUCUGUUACUGAAAAAUCAUGUAAAAGUGUGGACUGAGAAUUAUACCUAAAUCAUCACAGCUCAUUAUGACAUAAGUAUUAAUCAUUUCUGUCUGAAGUAGUGAGUUAUAAUCUACGCAAACAUGUCGACUUUUUCGUGUGUACUCCGAUUGUAUUUUUCUUUCUUAUUAGUCUCGUGAAAUGUUCUGCACCAGAAACUUUGGGUUCAUUGUAUGACCAUGCGGGUUUUAUCAUUUAUAUAUAAAUAUUUAAUAUAUUAGUCAACUGAUCAGCAUUAACCAUUAUAGAUGGUUUAAAACAAAUUUAUUGUUCAAGACCUACGUGUACUAGUGAACCGUACAGGAUAUACAUGUACUAGUAAACUGGCAGGAUGUACGUGUGUACUGAAUGUACAUGUACUAGUGAACUGUACAUCAUGUACAUGUACUAGUGAACCAGACGGGUUGUACAUAUGUACAGGAUGUACAUGUACUAGUGAACUGUAAAAGUGUACCAUAUCAACAAAACAUGCAUUUAAUCUUUUGUAUACAAUUAUUCCUUUUUUAGCUCACCUGAGCACAACGUGCUCAAAGGUGAGCUUUUGUGAUCGCCCUGUGUCCGUCGUCGUCCGUCCGUCGUCAACAAUUUGACUGUUAACACUCUAGAGGUCACAAUUUUGGCCCAAUCUUUAUGAAACUUGGUCAGAAUGUUACUCUCAAUAAAAUCUUGGACGAGUUUGAUAUUGGGUCAUCUGGGGUCAAAAACUAGGUCACCAGGUCAAAUCAAAGGAAAAGCUUGUUAACACUCUAGAGGUCACAAUUUUGGCCCAAUCUCAAUGAAACUUGGCCAGAAUGUUACUCUCAAUAGAAUCUUCGACAAGUUCGAUAUUGGGUCAUCUGGGGUUAAAAACUAGGUCACCAGGUCAAAUCAAAGGAAAAACUUGUUAACACUCUAGAGGUCACAAUUUUGGCCCAAUCUUAAUGAAACUUGGUUAGAAUGUAGCCCUUAGUAAAAUCUUGGAUGAGUUCGAUAUUGGGUCAUCUGGGAUCAAAAACUAGGUAACCAGUUCAAAUCAAAGGAAAAGCUUGUUAACACUGUAGAGGCCACAUUUAUGACUGUAUCUUCGUGAAACUUGGUCAGAAUGUUAAUCUUUAUGAUCUUAAGGUCUUGUUUGAAUCUGGGUCAUAUAGGGUCAAAAUCUAGGUCACUGGGUCAAAUCAAAGGAAAAGCUAGUGAACACUGUAGAGGCCACAUUUAUGACCAUAUCUAAAUGAAACAUGGUCAGAAUGUUAAUCUUGAUGAUCUUUAGGUCAAGUUCAAAUCUGGGUCAGGUGGGGUCAAAAACUAGGUCACUAGGACAAACCAAAGGAAAAGCUUGUUAACACUCAGGAGGCCACAUUUAUGACUGUAUCUUCAUGAAACUUAGUCAGAAUAUUAAUCUUGAUGAUCUUUAGGUCAACUUCGAAUCUGGGUCAUGUGGGGGUCAAAAACUAGGUCACUAGGUCAAAUCAAAGGAAAAGCUAGUUAACACUUUAGAGACCACAUUUAUGACCAUAUCUGAAUGAAACUCGGUCAGAAUUUUAAUCUUGAUGAUCUUUAGGUCAAUAGGUCAGGUGAGCAAUACAGGGCCUUCAGGGCCCUCUUGUUUAACUGUUGUUUUAUAUAUCACAAAUACUCUUAUUGACAAUCCGGUGUCAUGAAAUAUCUGAAAGUACAGACUUAUUGUCAUGGCAGUUUACCCAAAAUGUUUUUAUUUGACAAUUAAAGAGAAUUCCUUUAGUUUUUUCCUUUCAUAGAAUGUUUUCAAAUUCACAUAUAUGAUAGGAACAUUUGUGCUGAAAACAAUGAACAAAUAAAAACAAUGGGUCACCAGGCAUGAUUUUGUGAAAAAUUGUUUUGAACACACCCACUAUCGCUGAAACUGCCGGCGAUUUUUCAACAUUUUCAUAAUUGUCUGCUUUUUAAUAUUACAUAUAUAUAUAUACAUCAAGACAGCACAAUAAGGUUUAUUCUUUUUACAGAUUUUAUCAUAUACUUAUUUAAUAUUACAGUCAUAUUUGUAAUACUAUAUCCUUACAAUAAUGGGUACAAAUGAAAAAAAAUCUUGUUUCAUAUUCACUUUUGUAUACUUUUUUCAAUGAAAAAUACCCGUAGUGAAGAAUUUUUUUUUUUAUUUUGAAAAAACUGUUUCAUAGAAUUUUUUCCUGUUUUUGUUGUGUAUAAAUAAUUGUAUUGUGAGCAUAAAAAUGGCUAAAAAUGUAUAAGUCACCAGUCUAAAUUUUAUGUUAAGACCGUUUCAAUACAACACCUGUCGGACGAAAAUGGCGCGAACCUGACCAAAUUGAUUACAUGUAUAUCUGCUAGAAGUUAAAAAAAUGGUUUUAAAAAUUGUUAAUUCUUUCUAUAAUUGAAUUCUAAAUAAUCUGAAAGGUGAUAUUGUCUUAUCAGUACUAAGUCAAUUGUCUUACAGGUAUGAUGGUAUUAAAUGCCUCCGCUACUUUUUUCUAUAUAAAAUUAACAACUUAUAACAUAUUUUUAUCAAGAUUUCUAGCCUUUCACUUCCUGUGAGACUACCCUUGUCUUGAAGGUCUGUCUUUAGGCAAUCAAAAUAUACCCAAAAAAUAUGGGGUUGACCAUAAUGCAGUGAAACCAUGGUCACGUGACUGAGACAUGUGAUGAAAACGCUAAUAUUGCGUAGGUAGACAUCAGGAAAUACCUACUUUCACUUUCAUUUUACAAGGCAGCUUCAAAUCAACUUUUGAAGCAUAUAACGUAGCUUAAAAUCAUCUGCGGACAUUCAUUUUUACAAUCAAGCAUCAAUAAAGCUUAUAUCUGGCAUGAAAAUCGCCUUUACUAGGCGGGAAAAUUGCACUAUAUAUUGAUGUGGACUACAUUCGAGUGGACCACGGAGGCAUAUCCGGCUAAUUGCCCCCUUCAUGCCUACAUUAUAUGAACAACACUGUCUUUGUCACUAAAAUGCGAUGUGAAAGCACAAUCACAAAAAUGGCAAGAUACCUGUCAGGCAUGAUACUUGUCAAUACAACAUAAACGAUUAUCAACAUUUGAUUACUGAUAAAACUUAUCAAAAAUGUUAUUUCAUUCAAGAUUCCUCAUAUUUAAGAUCGUCUGUCACGUUUCAACAAAUGUUGACUUCACUUCACUUUUCCAUAGAAAGUGUCGGCUGCACAGAAAGAUGCGCAUAAAAACUAUAGGAAUUCCCUUUAAAUCAAACCAUGUGAUUAGAUAUAUUUCAGAUUCAAGCUCGAAAUUUUGUCAGGAUGUAGCAAAAGACGAAAUAUUUCACGUCUUUGAUAAUGAAGUAUUAUAUUUUGGUUAGACUUUACAAUAGUUCAGUAACUAUUUUUUGGUGUUACAGGGCGUGGUCGAUGUGCUGUGAGGGUAUGCCGAUUUUUUUCAUGACUCUGUCUGAAAAUAUAAGAAUAAUUAGUACACAAUUUAAUGUACACUAUAAAUACCUUUAAGACAUGAAAGUGUAAUAUUUUGGUCAGCCUUCACCACAUGGAAGUUUAUGUUUUAAAAAAAAAACACAACAGAAAACAAAAAGAAACAAAACUAAACAAGAAAGGUGCUAUAUCAGCAUAACAAUUUCUAUGAUGGAUCACAAUUUUCCAUCAAUUGUUUUAGUUUUUUUUUAGAUGACUUGUAUUUUUUAUUUUGUAUCGUUUUGAUUUUUUUUAUCUCAGUACUCAAUUUAUGCCUUUAUUUUACAUAUAGAUUUGUGUGUUAUGUUGAUCUUUUACGUCUUCGAGAUUUUUUGUUUUCUGCAUGCCAGAAAAAAAGAAUUGAUGCAUGAACACAGUAUGUUAUUUACUACGAUUAUUGAGCAGAGAACGAAAACGUUCAAUUGAUUUGAACUUCUUUUUAUGAAAAUAAAAACUUCUUCUUUCA